AUGGGCCCCCCUAGUUCAACGAACUCCCCCCGUCAUCGUCGGGUUCAAACCCACGAAAAACAUCCCUUUCUCAUGUCCGUCGCCGAGACGGCCCAGAAACUGCAGACCAACAUCGAGACGGGCCUGACGGACGUCCAAGUCCGGGAAUUGCAGCAGGCGUUUGGGCCUAAUAAGCUGGAUGGAGAGGGGGGUGUCAGGUGGUAUUCUAUUCUUGCGAAGCAGGUUUCGAAUGCGAUGAUUUUGGUCCUCAUCCUCGCCAUGGCCCUGGCGUACGGCGUCUCCGACCACGUCGAAGGCGGCGUCAUCACUGCCGUCAUCGUCGCCAAUGUCCUCAUCGGCUUCUACCAGGAGUUCCAGGCCGAGAAGAAAAUGGACGCCUUGCGGUCUCUCUCGUCGCCUUCCGCGACCGUCAUCCGCAACGGGCAGACUGACACCAUCCCGUCUGGCGAAGUCGUCCCCGGCGACAUCAUCCAGAUCAAGACCGGCGACACCGUCCCCGCGGAUAUGCGCCUGUUCGACUGCAUGAACCUCGAGUGCGACGAGAAGAUCCUCACCGGCGAGGCCAUCCCCGUGGCCAAGGAGGUCGACUUCCACAUCGACACCGCUGAUGAUAUGAAUGAGCUUUCGACCGGCGUCGGGGACCGGCUCAACAUGGUCUACUCCUCCUCCACCGUCACCAAGGGCCGCGGCCGGGGCAUCGUCGUCUUCACGGGCAUGCACACGGAAAUCGGCAAGAUCGCGCUCUCCAUGCAGGGCAAACAGCGCAAGGCGAACCGAUCCAUGUCUCGCAAGCACGGCGCCUUGCAGCCCGUCAAGGGCGGAGCGCUGCGCAUCUAUGACGGGAUCGGCAAGUUCCUAGGCCUCACAGAGGGCACGCCGCUCCAGAUCAAGCUGAGUAAAUUGGCGUAUUCGCUGUUUGGGUUCGCCAUCCUCCUGGCCAUUAUCGUCUUUGGAGUGAACAAGUUUCAUGUCACUAAUGAGGUGGCUAUCUAUGCGAUUUCUACCGGCAUUGCUAUCAUCCCCGAGUCGCUGAUUGCCGUCUUGACCAUCACCAUGGUCGUAGGAAUGACGCAGAUGCGAAAGCGUCGCGUCGUCGUCCGGCAGCUUUCUGCGCUCGAGGCCCUCGGCGGCGUGACCAACAUCUGCUCCGACAAGACUGGAACUCUCACCCAGGGCCAGAUAGUGACACGCAAGGCCUGGAUCCCAGGCGUUGGCAUCUACAGCGUCAACAAGUCGGACGACGCCUCCAACCCUACCCGGGGCUACAUCACGCUGAGCGAUGCCCCGGCCUCGAAGAGGGAAGCGGAGGAGCAGCAGGAAAAGAAAAGACGCGAGAUGGACCAGGCCCGGAGUGCUGCAGGCCUGCAGUUCGACAUUCCCGCUGACAGAAGGCAGAAGGGCGGCCUUCAGGAUGAGAAGAUACUAGAUGAUGAGGAGGAUCCAGAACCGGGAAGUGUCUCGAUCCCUGAGAUCGUGCCCGAGCUGGAGGCUUUCCUGCUCUCCUCCGCCCUCUGCAAUCUUGCGACCGUCCGUCAGGACCCCAAUUCCGGAAGCUGGCAGACAAUGGGCGACCCGACCGAGAUCGCGCUGCAGGUGUUCGCCCACCGGUUCGGCUACGGCAAGAAGACGCUGGAGGCAGAGCAGGGCUGGAAGGAAAUCGCGGAAUACCCGUUCGACAGCACCGUCAAGCGCAUGUCCGUCAUCUAUAAAAAGGGCGACGAGAAGCCCGUCGUCUUCACGAAAGGCGCCGUCGAGCGUGUCGUUGACUUCUGCUCAUCCGUUGGCGUCGGCCAGCACCAGGAGCCGAUGACUCCGGAGACGAAAGACAAGGUCCUCGAGCAGAUGGGGUUUCUCGCCGACCAGGGUCUUCGAGUGCUCGCCAUCGCUCAGAAGCCGGCGCCGGAAGGGUACCAGCAGGGCGACGAGCUGCCUCGCGAUGAGAUUGAGAAGGAUUUGACUCUUCUUGGUCUGGCGGGCCUGUACGAUCCUCCCAGACUGGAAACGAAGGAUGCCGUAAGGGAAUGCACUACCGCAGGGAUUCGCGUCCACAUGUUGACCGGAGACCAUCCUUCAACUGCGACGGCCAUCGCCAAGGAAGUCGGAAUCAUACCCAAAGACACCGGAUCGCUGUCCGCCGAGGAAGCGGCUUCGCUGGUCAAGACGGCGGCCGAGUUUGACGGCAUGACGGACGAGGAGAUCGAUGCGAUGCCCACGCUACCGCUCGUCAUCGCUCGCUGCGCCCCAGACACCAAGACGCGGAUGAUUGCCGCGCUCCAUCGCCGUCGCUGCUACUGCGCCAUGACGGGCGACGGAGUCAACGACGCGCCAUCUCUCCAGGCCGCUGACGUCGGCAUAGCCAUGGGGAUGGGAGGCUCCGACGUGGCCAAGUCGGCGUCGGACAUCGUGCUCACGGACGACAACUUCGCCAGCAUCGUCAACGCGAUCGAGGAAGGCCGGCGGAUGUUCGAGAACAUCCAGAAAUUCGUGCUCCACCUGCUCACGUCCAACGUCGCCGAGGUCGUGCUCCUGAUCGUCGGGCUCGGGUUCCAGGACAGCCAGGGCGUGUCGGUGUUCCCGCUCUCGCCGCUGCAGAUCCUGUGGAUCAACAUGGUGACCUCGUCGUUUCCGGCCUUUGGGCUGGGUCGUGAGAAGGCCUCGGCGGGGGUGAUGCGGCGCGCCCCUCACGACACGAAGAAGGGCGUCUUUUCCUGGCAGAUCAUCGUCGACAUGACCGUGUACGGCGUCCUGAUGGGCGCCCUAACGCUGCUCACCUUCGUGAUCAUCGUCUACGGCGCCGGAACCGGCCAGCCCGACCUGGGCAUUGACUGCAACCGUCAGGAAUCCGAGGCCUGUCACGUCGUGUUUCGCGCGCGCGCCGCCGUCUUCGCAGAACUCACCUGGCUGAUCCUGAUCGCGGCGUGGGAAUUCAAGCAUCUGCGCAACAGCAUGUUCAACCUGGACCCGAUGCGCAGCGGUGCGAAGGACGACGGUUCUUCCGGGGCAUUAUUAUUCUUCCCGCCAUCAUUCUUCCGCGAUAUCUGGGAGAACCAGUUCCUGUUCUGGGCGGUCAUCAUCGGCGCCGUGUCGGUCUUCCCUUGCGUGUAUAUCCCGGGGCUGAACACGAGCGUGUUCAAGCAGCGGGGGAUCUCGUGGGAAUGGGCACUGUCCUUCGGCGCGGUCAUCAUCUUUGUCCUGGGCGUCGAAGCGUGGAAGGCGAUCAAGCGCCGCACGGGCUGGUUCUCCGAGAACGAGGAGGAGGACUAUACCAAAGGCGCUUCUUCUGCUGCUGCAGCAGCUCGGGAACUGGGGCUCCUCCGGCAGGGCUUCUUCAGCUUCGCGCGGAGUCUGACGCGGAUGAGUGAGAAGAGUUUCUGGGUUGACAGUCUGAAGAAGACGAGGACGAGCACGAGCAUGCGGAAGAGCGAGGUGGCUCAGGUUGCGGAAAUUGUGUAG